ACUAUUAAAAGAAGAAAUUGGUGAUUUUGUCAAUUCUACAUCAGUGCACGGCCUUAAAUUCAUUAUCAACAGCAACACCUUGGCGGAAAAAAUGAUAUGGUUUUGUGUGAGCGCGUUUGCCGUUCUUGGCACCCUUCUGAUGGCCAGCACCGUCUGGCAGGCGUACCGAGCGUCGCCGACGCAGACGAUUGUUGAAAAUCCUAGUUUCCCGGUUUGGAACGUAGACUUUCCGGCUCUGACUAUUUGUAACCUCAACAAGGUGCAGCACUCACGGGCAAAAGUUUUGAUGGGAGAAAUAUUGGGAAGCAAUGUUGAUAACGAAACGGAGAAAUUGUUUAUGGACUCGCUGUUUGCUCUUGGGAUGUUGCGCUACCCUUAUUACCAUCAUGCGCAACUUUACGUCAGGCGAGGGAAUAAAAAUUUAAUGGACUUUGGAAAAUAUAAUCUCACCGAGUUAAUGAUGAAAGUGAUGGCGAAGCAAAAUGAAAUGUUUGGAACGUGCUAUUGGAAGGGCAAAGAAAUUCCGUGCAAUGUUGCUUUUAGACUGCAAAUCACCGAAGAAGGUUUUUGUUAUUCAUUUAAUUCACAAACAUCUGAAGACCCAAAUCCCCCAGACAUGGACUCGCCUCCGUUUCACUACAAAAAUGGCAAAAAGCAGCCGUGGAGAAACAACGCCGCUGGAAAAACCACGGGGCUUGAGGUGUUUUUCAAAUCUUCUGAGCAUGAGUAUUUACCCGGAGAUCAAAGGACUCCUGGAUAUAAUCUAAUUGUACACCAUCCCUCUGAAUUUCCGGACGUGGCACGUGCACUUUUCCUGACACGAACCAACAAAAGGGUGACUCUGCUGGCCGCGACGGCCUCGCGAGUCAAGGCCAGCCCGGAACUGGCGCGGCUCUCGCUGGAGGAACGCGGCUGCACCCUCGACUCCGACGGUCAGGAUGAGGUGCAGGAAAAUUGCAAGGCGCGCUGCAGGGUAAUGACGAUUGUCAAGCAGUGCCAAUGCGUUCCUUACUUUGGAGUUCGAAGGGUUCCAGUUUCUUUUGGAGGACUUGCCGGCCUUUUCCUUGGCUUCAGUUUAAUUAGCGCCGUGGAAAUGCUCUAUUACACCCUGCACCAAACAAGAAAUCUGUGGAACCUUUCACAUGGACAGUGA